GUGGUGAAGGUACAUUAUGUGAUUCUUGCUGUCAUUGGUGUUCCUGUGAAUUUGCUAGGAAUUGCGAUCCUGUCUCGUGAGAAUUGUGGCCUUUCUGCAUGCACCACUCAUUAUCUCGUGGCCAUGGCAACAGCAGAUCUACUUGUCACUAUCACAGAAGUCAUAUUGAGCCAAAUCAGUAAUUAUUAUUUCCAGUGGACUUUCCUAGACUUCACUCCUGUGUGCAGUUUUAUUGCUGUGCUCAUAUCUACUUCUACAGACUGUUCUGUCUGGUUCACUGUCACAUUCACCUUUGAUCGCUGUGUCACCAUUUGUUGCCAGCAGAUGAAAACGAAAUAUUGCACCAGGAAAACGGCUGCUGUGGUUCCAGCAUCAACCUGCAUUCUACUCCGUUUGAAAAACAUCCCUUUCUACUUUAUAUAUGAACCUUGGCUAAUAAUCGAUAAUGUAGCCUGGUUCUGUUCUGCCAAGCCCAGUUAUUAUACUGAAUCUGGAUGGGUGGGCUUUGAUUGGUUUGAUAAGGUUUUAAAUCCUCUGCUUCCAUUCACUUUAAUUCUAUUGAUUAACACUCUGACGGUCAGACAUAUCUUACAAGCCAGUAGAAUCCGUAAGGGACUGAGAGGUCAGAGAAAGGGAGAGAAUCGCAAUGACCCAGAGCUGGAGAGCAGAAGGAAGUCUAUGAUUUUACUUUUUAGCAUAUCUGGCACUUUUAUCACCCUCUGGUCUGUGUACGUGAUAGAAGUCAUAUAUUAUAACAUUACAGGAAAAGAUCCCUGUGAUUACACAGUGUCUGAAAUUACCUUUCAACAAGUCGGAUGCAUGCUGCUGGAUUUAAGUUGCUGUACAAAUACGUUUAUUUAUGUGGUGACCCAGUCUAAAUUCAGAGAGCAGAUCAGAAGCAUGGUGAAAUUUCCUCUC